UACAUGGAAGCAGGAAACAAAACAGGAAUUUUUGAGUUCAUCCUCCUUGGAUUGUCUAAUGAUCCACAACUGCAACCCUUCAUAUUUGGGCUCUUCCUGUCCAUGUACCUGGUCACUGUGCUUGGGAAUCUGCUCAUCAUCCUGGUCAUCAGCUCUGACUCCCACCUCCACACCCCCAUGUACUUCCUCCUUUCCAACCUGUCCUUGGUUGACAUCUGUUUUAGCACCACCAUAGUCCCCAAGAUGCUGGUGAACAUCCAGACAGAGAACAAAGCCACCUCCUAUAUGAACUGCCUCAUUCAGCUGUAUUUUUCCAUGGUUUUUCCUAUCGUGGACUCUCUACUCCUGACCGUGAUGGCGUAUGACCGGUUUGUGGCCAUCUGUCACCCCCUGCACUACACGGUCAUCAUGAACCCCCGGCUCUGUGGCUUGCUAGUUUUUAUUACUUGGUUCAUUAGUGUCAUAAUAUCCCUCCUCCAUACCUCUUUGACAAUGCAUUUGAGCUUUUGUAGAGCUCUUGAAAUUCCACAUUUCUUCUGUGAACUGACACAGAUUCUCAAGGUGGCCUGCUCUGAUACCUUCCUGAACACCAUACUGCUAUAUUUUAUGACUGGUACGCUGGGUGUUUUCCCCCUUUGGGGGAUUCUUGUCUCCUACUCAAGAAUUGCUUCAUCCAUAAGGAAGAUGUCCUCAUUGACAGGAAAGCAAAAAGCACUUUCCACCUGUGGAUCUCACCUCUCAGUUGUUUCUUUAUUUUAUGGGACAGGUGUUGGAGUGCACUUCACUUCUGCAGUGACCCACUCUCCCCAGAAAGUUUCAGUGGCCUCAGUGAUGUACACAGUAGUCACGCCCAUGUUGAACCCCUUCAUCUACAGCCUGAGGAACAAAGAUGUGAAGGGGGCCCUGGGGAGGCUUCUCAGUAGAGUAGCCUCUUGUCUGUGA